CACGCUUUUAUUUUUUUCCAUUCUAGAGAGAGAAAAAUCUCACUGAGAGAAUCAGAGAGAAAAAGUGUUAAAUCGAAGCAACAACAACAAUGGUGAAUUUCCAGUUGAUGAUCACAGCUGAGCUUGAAAACCUUACAAACCUUCAACCACAAGGCGGAUGUAAUGACGAUAACUUCCCUUACCACUUUAAGCUGAAGUGUGGCAAUUGUGGCGAGAUCACCCAAAAGGAGACUUAUGUGAGCUUGGGUGAAACUGUUCCUCUUCCCAUAGGCAAGGGCCGCACCCAUCUUAUUCAGAAGUGUAAGUUCUGUAGCAGGGAUGGCACAGUAACCAUGAUCACUGGCCGAGGCCGCCCUCUGACUCAUGCUGACAGUCAAGCUGGAAAAUAUGCACCUUUGAUGGUAUUUGAGUGCAGGGGUUUCGAGCCUCUGGAUUUUGUUUUCCGAGGAGAAUGGAAAGCUGAAUCUCUUGAGGGAACAAAAUUUGAAGGCAUUGAUUUGUCCGGAGAUGAGUUUGCUGAGUAUGAUGAGAAGGGGGAGUGCCCAGUGAUGAUUUCCAACCCUCAGGCCAAAUUUGAUGUAGUGAAAUAGAUCCUUCAUUUCUCUAAUGUUUUUUGCUGGUACAUAGAAAGGGUGUAACUGUUCUACACUGUCAAUGUGUAAAGGUUGCUAACUGCUAGGGAUAGGAGUGUUGGUUUUCAAUGUAACUGAACACAAACUACUUGCACGGGACUAGUGUUUGAUUCAUGAUGGUUACAUUCAUGAAGAAAACCAGUUAAUGAUUGUUUAGGCGUGGCUAUUUGGAUAAGAGCAGAUCUUUUUAGAAAUUUAAUCUGAAAGCUGGCACAACUUACCGAA